AUGGCGGCGAUCUUCAACACUGAACGCCAUGUGAAAUAUUACCUCCGCUGCCUCAAGACCUUCCUCCCCUCGGCAUAUACUUCCAAUGACUCGAAUCGCAUGCUCUUGGCCUUCUUUACCCUGUCCGGGUUAGAUGUGCUGGGUGUUCUGCAGGACAAAAUCACCCCGGAAGAGCGACAAGGAUAUAUCGACUGGCUUUAUCAUUGCCAGGUGCCAUCAGGUGGAUUUCGCGGAUUCUCAGGAACGGACUUUGGGGCAGAGAGACGCACGGCUGAUAAUGAAGCCUGGGAUCCAGCGAAUGGACCUGCUACUUUCUUUGCGCUGGUGAAUUUGCUCAUUCUGGGUGAUGAUUUGUCCAAAGUCAAACGGAGAGAAUGUCUCCAGUGGCUUCCGAAACUACAACGAGCGGAUGGAAGCUUUGGAGAAUUGCUUGGUCCUGAGGGCACUAUUGAGGGUGAUCGGGAUCUCCGAUACUGCAUGUGUGCAGCCGGAAUUCGAUUUAUGUUACGGGGAAGCGGAAGUAAAGGCGUUGAGGAUAUACAAGAUAUCGAUGUGCCCGGGUUUAUCUCAUUUAUCGAAGCAUGCCAGUUUCUGCGUCGGGGAGGAGCUGACAUCCACUCGGUUCGAAUGUUGACUCCGGGGUCCAGGAAGUUUGAGACGUUGAUGGCGUGGUUGGCAUCACGGCAGACGGCAGAACUAGGUGAAGAGGAGGAGGAUGAUGAGGAUGAGACGGACGACGAAAGCCAAGUCGAUACGGAGCUGACCUCAGACGAUGCGACCAACUCUCUGGAAGAGAGGAUUGUCGCACUACCUGCGCUUACUGCAUUGGCAGGCGAUGAAUCAAUACCUUGUGCUGGGUUCAAUGGUCGUUAUAACAAGUUUGCAGAUACCUGCUACUCGUUUUGGAAUGGGGCAACACUGCUGGUAUGUGGUCGCGGAGUUCUACCCAAUACCCAUUUCUGA